UCCCCCGUACGACCACAGAUUCAGAUUCAGAUUAUAUUAAAAUAAUACUUAUUUCCUCGAGUAAAUCGGGUUCCGAUGCACUAACGUCUAUGUGUUGGUACUGUAGAGACGAACAACGAGCAUCUUCCUGCCGUCUACUGACUCUUCUCUUCAAUCCCUUUCUCUCUCUCACUAGCUCACCGCUUUUUGAGUUUUGGUGCCUCAUCGACUUCUAUGACGCCCUUAAACCUCGCUCUUCUGUGGCUUUUGUUUGCCCUAAUUUGCACCAGUAUUAGGGCCGACUUCUCAAUUGAAGCUGGAGGCGAUGUCGUCGGAUCGGGCCGCUCUGAUUCGUCCGCCUUGAAGUUCGAAAUUGACCAACUCAACUCUAAGAUCCACCAACUUGAGUCUCACAAUGAGGGAAAAUCUCAAGAAUUGAAAACCAAGGACGAUUUGAUAUCACAGAAGGAGAAAGUCAUUCAAGAGAAGUCUGAUAGCAUUGCAUCUUUGCAGAGUGAAGUAUUGUCCCUUCAGAAAAAGAGAAAGAUUGAUGUGGCAGAGCAGGUUGGAAAGGCUCAUGCUCGUGUAGAUGAACUGGAAAAGCAGGUUGGUGAACUGGAAAAGGAAUGGGAAACACAAGAAAAGGAUAAAGAUAUCUUGAAAGCCCGGGCUAGUGAAGCAGAAAAGAAAGUGAAGGAACUUAAUUCAAAACUAGAGAAUCUUCAAAAGAUUAAUGAUGAGCAGAAGAGCAAAAUCCAGAAGACAGAGCGUGCUCUUAAAGUUGCGGAGGAAGAGAUGAUGAAGGCAAAGCUGGAGGCCACUUUGAAAAGUAGAGAAUUGACAGAGGUUCAUCGUGCAUGGUUUCCUCCUUGGCUUGCAUUUCAUUUGAUUUAUUGUCAGUCCUUCCUGGAAACUCAUUGGAAUGAGCAUGGAAAGCCUGCAAUGGAUUUGGCAUAUGAGAAGGCCCUGGAAAAGAAGGCUCAAGCUGAGAAGUGGGCUAAGCCGCACAUGGAAACUAUUAAAAUUAAAUGGAUCCCUGCUAUGAAGGAGCAAUUUUUGGUGAUGAAAACACAAGUUGAACCACAUGUGCAAUCUCUAACCACCAAAACAAUUGAAGUGUACAAGGCUUCGAAGGCUGCAAUAACUCCCCGUGUUGUUGGAGUACAAGAAGUAGUGGAUCCUUACUUUCAGGAAGCUAAGAAAUUUGGUAAGCCAUAUAUUGAUCAAGUUGCCACUGCGACAAAGCCUCACGUUGAUAAAGCACGUGCAGUUUUGAAGCCCUAUGCGAAAGAGAUAGUUCAUGCUUAUGGGAAGUUCUUAGAAUCUGCUUCCACAUACCAUCAUCAGGUCCAAGGUAAUGUGCAAGAAAUGCUGGAAAAAAAUGAGUUGACAAGACCACUUGCAACUAAAGAGUUAGUGUGGUUCGCGGCCUCUGCUUUGUUGGCCCUUCCAAUCAUCAUUUUGUCCAGAAUAUGUUCAGCCAUUUUCUGCAAGAAGGCAAAGAAACCUGUUCGUUCCAACCACUCCCGUCGCAAGGCUAAGAGGGGGCAUCCUGACAAGUAGAGUCAACAGAGUAUAUUUUCUGGGCCGGGCCUGUUUUCUUUGUGGGAAUGUACAAGGAUGCAGACAAUAGCUAUGUGCUUGGGUUUUUGGGGCCUACGGAGUUCCAUGGCUGAUGAACCCGAUGAUGUUUUUUGAAGCGCCUGCUCUUUUUGUUCCAAGUGGAUAGAAUCCGUUCACACUAGACAAUUAGAUAUCCAGAUAUCUCGAGUAAUGUGGUGUUUGAGAGUUUAGAGUUGUAAUUUAAUCAAUUGAUAUUUCUUGUUUUGGGGCAUUAAUUUAUCGGCUUCCUUCAUUUGGGCAAAUUUGGCACCAGACCUGUCUUGAGUGUUGAGGAAUUGGUGGUUUGGUGAAAAUGGUAGUUAUUUUGUCGGACCAACAAGAUUUAGUGGUCAAAUUUUCACUUUCUUCCAGCCAAAAUGAUUCAAGUUGACAGCCCCAGUUUGAUGCGGGUUCUUUCAA